GGGAGAUCGAGUGUUUGCAAUUGUGUGUCAGUCUAUAAUGCUACCAGACAAGUGCGGCGGCAACGGGGACACCCCGGUGUCCCCGCUGCUAUUCGUUACUUCAUUUUCUUCAGUCUUUUUUUUCGUACACUUUCAAACGACGUCGAUUCUUUAGAGAAGACGCCGACACAUUUUCGCGGAAAUUGACGUUAAUAGAGUAUUCCUAAUUCAUCGCGUAAAUAAAGCUAGCCGGUAUCUAUUAUUUAAACAUACGCAAAGUGUUUUCUUCAUCUUAAUUUUCGUUUCUCGUUCUCUUCCAAAAUUAAACUUGUAUUUACGCGUAAAUUUUUAUUAGAAAAUUAAAUAGAUGUUAUUAGAUAUCGUCUCUUUUCUCGUCCAAUAAUUCUCCAAACGCCGAGAUUUUACUUAAUUAAUCUUAAUUCCUUGAAUUAUAAUGUAAUUGAGACUGCAAUAUUCAUAAAUGUUUUGCUUAUUACUGGAUUACAAGAAUAUUUACGAUUCGAAAACCAGAUUGAAUUUUUUUUAUGUGAUAAAUCUAGAGAUAAAUUUUACUAUGUAACAAGAAAAUACUCUAUAUAAGUUCUAUUGCUUAAUCGUUCUAAUCAUGCGCUAUCAAUUUACAGAUGAAAAGUCAUAUUCGAGCAGGUGGUCACGAUUACCGUUGCCGCCUGGAGUCACCGUGGAAUUACAAAAUCGCAAACUCUGGGAGCAAUUUCAUGCCGAGAGCACAGAAAUGAUCAUCACCAAGUCGGGACGACGCAUGUUUCCAUCCAUCCAGUUAACAGUAAACGGUUUAAACAAACAGGACUAUUAUUACGUGCUUAUGGAGAUAACACCGGCCUCUGAUCGCCGUCACAAAUAUUGCGGAAACGGCGGAGGUGACGAUGAAAACGGAAAUAAGAGCAACAAUAUCGGAGGCUGGAGUUUUGCCGGGCCGUCCGAGCCACAGCCGCCAUUUGAUCGCAGAAUAUUUUUUCAUCCCGAUAAUCCCGCAACAGGCGAGCAAUGGAUGCAAAAUUCGAUCAACUUUAACAAACUAAAACUCACGAACAACAUCGUCGAUCAUCGUAAUAACGUGGUUCUAACAUCGAUGCAUAAAUACCUUCCUACGAUUUGGAUAAUUCGUUGCGCCCGUGCGACAAAUCUUAUCGACCUUUUUUCUCAUCCAGCCUCGUCAUUUGCUUUUAAGGAGACUGAAUUUAUCGCAGUCACGGCAUAUCAGAACGAAAACAUCACGAAAUUGAAGAUUAACAACAAUCCGUUCGCGAAGGGAUUUCGCGAAACGGGACAGUCGCGAUGCAAGCGUAAAUAUCAUCAGAUAGGCCAUGCUAGUCGAUCAGACGAUGAAGAGGGCAAUUCUUUCUCCGAUUCGUCCGAGUCGAACCGUAGCGCGAGUAGCUUAGACGACUUGGCGCAGAAAUCGGAGAUCAAACAUGAAAUUAAAAAUUCCGAUGACUGCGACGAUAUUAAAUCAUUGGUUCCAAUUGCCGAAGACCAAAGAUCAUCUUUAAAACUGGAAAACGAUCACGAAAGUGAAGUGCCAUCUCCUUUCCAUAGACCCUGGUUAGACUCGCCGUCGCAUAAACCAACGGCACCGAUGAUGCCGAUGGUACCGUCAAUGUCAUCGUUGUCAGCGGUCAACGAUCUGAGUUGGUCCUAUUACUUUCGAUCUUUGCAAGUGCCGUUUAUCGCACAACAAAAUUUGGCGAGAUAUUAUCAGUAUCAGUGCCCGAUGUUUCAUUUCAGGAAAUUAUGAUUUGUACGAACGGACGUUGUUUCAAUUUUUCUCGCGAUGUUGUCGCAAUUAGUUGCACUUUUGGCGCGAAGAAUAAUUAAGAAUGUGUAAAUAAAUAUCGAUUAAUUAAAAUUUAAAGUGACCAAAAUUUUUUUUUUAAUCGAAAUAUGACAGAUAAAUAAAAUUAAAUUAACUCCAGACAUUGACCUGGAAUUCGUAUAUCUGGAUAAAUUACAUUUUAACAUUUAUCUGUUCAUAGGCCAAAGAUUAUUAUAAAUAC